AUGGCCUCAUUCCUAAUAACCGGCUCCUCGCGUGGCCUAGGCCUUGCCCUCGUCUCGCGCCUAGCCGCCCUACCAAAAGGCCAAGUGGAAACGAUUUUCGCGACCGCACGCCAAGACAACUCCCCACAACUGAACCAGCUCGUCACAGCCUCGUCAGGCCGGAUCGAGCUAGUCCGACUCGAUGUUGAGGAUAAAAAGACCAUCGAGGAAGCUGCGCGACAGGUUGAGUCGAAGUUAGCAGGGAAGGGACUGGAUUACUUGAUUAACAAUGCGGGCACGUUGGAUUAUAACCCCGCCGGGCUGGAGGGGAUGGACAACCUGAACCAAAUUUUCAAUUUGAAUGUCACUGGUGUUCACGAGGUGACGAGAGCUUUUUUGCCAUUGCUGAGACGUGGACAGAAGAAGACUGUUGUUAACAUAUCUACAACGCUGGGCUCAAUCGCCAGGGCACAGGAGUAUGCGCAAUCGCCGACGCCAGCAUACAAGAUCACAAAGGCCGCAUUGAACAUGUUGACUGUUCAAUACGCGCAGAGCUUUGCUUCUGAGGGAUUGACCUUUUUGGCUGUUAGCCCUGGGUGGCUACGGACCGACCUCGGAAGUCAACGAGCAGACCUUCCCGUCGAAACUGGCGCGGAAAAGGUAGUCGACAUCGUCCUAAAGACCGGACCUCACCAGAACGGGAAAUUCGUGAACAUCCACGUCCCAGGCUGGGAGAAGGCGCCCGGACCGAAUCAAUACGAAGGCAAAGAGGUCGAGUGGUAA